AUGCAUGUCCUGGUCUGGUGGUCCCACGAGAUGAUAAAGACAAAGAAUGUCCCAGUGGAGCUUCGUGACCCUUUCUACUGUGACCAGUAUGAGCAGGAGCACCUCAAGCCUCCCGUCACCCGCCUCCUGCAGUCCUCUGAACUCUACUGUCGCACGUACGGCCUGAUCACGGCAGCGAACCAGGCCGAGCCUCAGCCCAAAGACAACGUGGCUCUGCUGAAGCUUUGUGCUCAGAGAGGAAUGGCCUGUGGAGACCAGCGUGUCCCUGUAACUGACACGGACCUACGACAUAAACCCAUCAAAAUGAGUGCGCAUCUCUCUUUGAUCGAUGUUUUGAUGUCCGUGGCUGCCAUGGAGACACUCGCCGUGGUCAAGUCGUGUGGUAAUGUGGAGACGCAGAGCAGCUGGGAGACCACUGUCCUCCGAUGGGUGAACAAGAUAAAUCAGAAGCUCAGAGAUAUCACAGGAGAAGAGGAUAGUGACACGUCUCAGUCCAUCACAGAAUCUCAAGCUGUCCAGCCCUCGUGUCCCACUCGCUGGUACUGGAAACUUGUUCCUCUUCGCUACAGAAAAGAUAAAGUCCAGUCCAGACAGAAGCCCGUGUUCCCUGUGGUUAAUGACGUCAGUGACUUGUCCAGUGGCUGUGCCAUUGUUGCUGUUAUACAUUAUUACUGUCCUGACCUGUUAAGACUUGAAGAUGUAUGUAUGAAAGAGUCCAUGUCUGUAGCAGACAGCGUAUACAACCUGCAGUUCAUCCUUGAGUUCUGUGACAGCUGUUUGAAGAGCUGCUGCCACUUGACACUGGAGGACGUGUUGUACAUUCCCCAAGAACUACAGGUAAAUGUGCUAAGUUUUUUAGCAGAAUUACUACACUGGUUUGAAGUACAAAGGCCAGACUUUGUUCAGCCAAUUGACACAAUAGAUGGAUCCACCUCUGUAAAAUCCAAUAGCGUUAUCAGUACCUCCCCUUCUAUUUUUAAGAAACCCUUUCUUCCUAUAUCCGCGUCUGCAACAGGAUCUUUGACUCAGUCUACCUCAAUGUCUCAUAUAGAAGGAGUUGGAAAGACCUGGAACAAGAAAUCUCUCGGUCGUCCUCUGUCAGCAGUGUCGUUUAGCAUCCCCUUUGGCCUGGACAGUGAUGUGGACGUUGUGAUGGGAAAUCCAGUAAUAACACGCUCUGUGAGCUCAGACCAGCUGAAUCCAGGAGUUCAGACAAGAGUUCCCUACACUCCUCCCGAAGAAAUUGCUCCUGUGCAUAACAAAGCUGUGGGACAUAAUGGCCCCCAGAGGGCAUCAUGGGUAACCCAGGCUUUAAAUAUUCCUAAAGUGGCUGAAGAGAAUGGCCUCGAUGUCAAUGAGGCAGGCGAGGUGCCCACAAUUGAGGAGGCUCUUCAGAUCAUUCACAAUGAGAGCAAGAUGGAGCAGCGGCUCCAUCCUGAUGGUGCUCCAGAUGGCUUCUACCUCCACUCCCCUGACGACCCUGCCAGCUCUCGAUACUCCAAUAGCUCGCCCCCUGUCAGCUCUUCUGCUCCUUCGCGCUCAGGAAUGAUUUUCAGGCCGAAAGAUCCCAAACGCACUAGAAACGCCUCAGAAUGUUCACGGGAUGAUGACUCUGUUUUAAGAGAUGGUAGUGUGGACUCUGAUGCAUCAGAGGACCUACCUAAGAUCCUAUCCACACCAGCGGCCCCAGGCGACGCUCCGAGAAGCAAUGAGGCUUCUGACAGUGGUGUGAAAAUGACCAGCUUUGCAGAACUUCUAAAUCCUCCCCAGAACGUAGACCGCAUCCCUCAUCUUCGUCGAGUCAAUCCAGCACAUUCUCAGGUCCAGACUUCUUCUGCGUUUUCCAUCGGCGACGCUGAAAGCCUAGAUGACCUACGCUCAUUCGGACCAACCCCAGUGCCCACACCUGCUCUGACGCCGUCGUCCAGCCCACAUCCACCCCAUGCAGAAGAUGGGCUGUCUGAAGCGGGCUCCGCAGACUAUCAGAGUGUAUUCAGUAUGGACUUUGAUGCACGGCCCUCCCCUUUGCCGAAGGACAGGCUAACGGGUGGCGGCUGCAGCUCCGGCGCUCCAUCAGAAUGCUCAUUUGAGAGCGAUGCACCAGCAGCAGGAAUAAAUGGGAAAGGUAGCAGUCUGAUCGAGAUCUCUCUGUCGGCUCUCGGAGGCGACGGAGAGGAGGAGGUCCCAGCAGCAGAUGGCUUGCCUGAUUCUGUAAGUGAACAGACAGAGUCCGAGCUCAGAGGCGGCGUGGGAUUCUUUUUCAAGGAGACUAAAGAGCGAACAGAAGAUGAAAUGGCUCAGCGUAAAGCGGCUCUUCUUGAAAAACAACAGAAAAGAGCUGAAGAGAUGAAACGGCGCAAGCUGGAGCAGGAAAAGGAAAAAGAAUCCAACAAGCCCCAGUGGAUGAUCAUUGAGGGCUGGGGAAACAAAGACGAGCAGGCCCAGACUCCCGGGACACCGCCCACGUCACACACCCCGCCAGCAGAGGGCACUCCACAGCGCAGAGGCGACUUCACCAGGCAGGAGUAUGAGCGCCGACACCAGCUCAAGAUCAUGGAGGACUUGGACAAAGUGCUGAGGCAGAAACCCACCACUGUGCGCGGUGUGAAGAAGCAGAGACCGAAGACAGUCUUCAGGGACGACUCUGUCCUGUCCAACAGCCCGGCUAAAGGCUUGAUGGGUACCAAAUUAAGCAAGGUGUACUCUCACUCCAGCAUGAAUCUGUCGUCAAUGGCGAAUGACUCGGGAGGACUGACUGUCAGAAAGUCUCCCAGCCGCUCACACUCUCCUGCACGUCACCGGUCACCAGGGCGGCGGGGAUCUCAAAACGACUGGGAAAACGGCUCCAAUAUUUCAUCACCUGCUUCAAUUCCAGAAUACACAGGACCAAAGCUGUACAAAGAGCCAAGCUUCAAGUCCAACAAGUUCAUUAUCCAUAAUGCAAUCACUCGCUGUUGCCUGGCCGGGAAGGUCAACGAACCACAGAAAAACAAGAUUGUUGAGGAAAUGGAAAAGAGUGCAGCAAACCACUUCCUCAUCCUCUUCAGAGACUCCAGCUGCCAGUUCAGAGCCAUUUACACCAUGAACCCAGAGACGGAGGAGAUGGAGCGACUCACUGGAAUCGGUCCUCGAAUAAUUUUUCCUGACAUGGUGGAGUCCAUUUUCAAAUACAGCUCUGACCGCAAACAAUUCACUGCCAUACCGUCCAAAACUAUGUCCAUGAGUGUGGAUGCCAUCACUAUACCCGGUCACUUUUGGCAAAAACGACCGGGGACACCCAAGAAGCUCGGGACCCCAAAAUGA